AUGUGGUGGAAUGGUCCGCCGUUUUUGCAAGCUACCAACUACGAAAUUCUGGAGACACCAAUAUUACAAGAUGACGAAUUACCAGAAAUGAGAAGACCGACUGUUAGUAAUCCAGUGGUAAAUUUUGAAGAUGAACCAAUAUUUGAGCGGUGCGGCACGUUUUCAAAAUUGCAACGUGUUUUGGCACAGGUGGUGAGAUUCACUCGACUACUAUGUAUGGCGAAGGAAGAGCGAAACAAAUCCCAAUACAUUUCUGUACAAGAUAUGCGGGAUGCGAUGGGAUAUAUAGUACGAGUACUUCAGAAUACUGCGCUAAAUGAAGAGAUCCAGUGUAUUCAGAGAAAUAAGUUACCCAAGCGACUUGCAAAUCUUCAACCUUUUGUGGACGAGAAAGGAUUUCUACGCGUCGGCGGACGUCUACAAAAUUCUAAAUUACCGUACGAUGCCAAACAUCAAUUGCUUCUUCCACAUAAUCAUCGGGUGACGGAGAUGCUGAUUCGACAAUAUCAUGAGGAGAGACUUCACGAGGGACCAUCCGGUUUGCUGGCAGCGAUAAGACAAAAAUUCUGGUUUGUAAAAGCUCGUUCUGUUAUUCGAAAAGUGACACGCAGCUGCGUGAAGUGUUUUAGGGCCAAUCCGAGAGCAGUGCAGCCAUUAAUGGGAAAUUUACCAGAGGAACGUGUGACGUUAGCUGCAGCUUUCGAGCUCACCGGUGUGGACUAUGCUGGUCCUGUUAUAGUGAAAGAGGGAAGAUACAAGCCGAAACAUAUUAAGGCGUACAUCGCAUUGUUUGUGUGCCUCACGACGAAAGCUAUUCAUCUCGAGUUGGUUUCGGAUCUAACGACCGAAGCUUUUCUUGCCGCUUUGGAUCGAUUUAUCAACCGACGUGGAAUGGUUCGUAAAAUUCUGUCGGACAAUGCAACCAAUUUUGUUGGCGCUGCUAAGGAGUUACACCAAUUAUUCGUGAUGUUCCGUGAAGAAACUUCAAAGACUAGAAUUGACGAUUUUCUACUUAAACGUGAGAUAGAAUGGAAAUUCAUUCCGCCUAGAACCCCUAACUUUGGCGGAUUGUGGGAGGCAAGUGUUAAAGUGGUCAAACGUCAUCUACAUCGUACGUUAGGCAGCGCAAUUUUGACGUUCGAAGAGUUCGGUACCGUUUUAACGCAUAUCGAAGCUAUAGUGAAUUCCAGACCACUUUAUGCGUUAUCUGAUGAUCCCAACGAAACACUUCCGAUAACUCCAGCUCAUCUGAUGUUUGGUGAACCGUUGGAGCCAGUUUUGAAACCAUCGUAUUCUGAUAUAGCAGUGAACCGUUUAUCCCGACAUCAGUAUUUAAAUCAUUUACGUGAUAGAUUUUGGACAAAGUGGUCCCGUGAUUAUUUGUCGACGCUACAGUCAAGAGCUAAAUGGACCGAAGGUGAGCCGAAUAUGAAAAUGGAUACUGUUGUGUUAAUUAUAGAAGAUAAUCAACCCGUUCAAUCAUGGAGAUUGGGUAAGAUUGUUGCACUUUACCCGGGAGGAGAUAAUGUGGUCCGAGUCGUUGAUGUAAAGACAACGACAGGAGUUUUCCGACGAUCUAUCCGGAAGUUAGCACCUCUUCCUAUAUCUGAUAACGAUAACGAAGAGACGAAGGUUUCCGAUUUGGAAUGA